AUGGGUCACUCAGCAAGUCUAUCGCCAUGGCUGGUGUUGGCCUGUGCUGUGUGCAGCGCAUGGGCAAAUAAAAAGCCAUUCAACAUUAAUGACGAUAUCCUGGCCUAUCCCCAGUAUCAAGUGAAAUUUCCUGAGGAGUAUGUGCUUGAAUCUCACGCCGAAGCAUUGCUCCAGUCCCAGGCCAACCCUCGCGCCAAUGAUCAGAACAAUCCCCAAAUUUAUAUGGGCCAGGGUAGGACAGACUCCACCGACCAGCCUGAUGAUGUGAAUCGAUCUUCAUUUACCUACGAAGAAAUGAUACUCGAAGACCGGCGACUUCUCUGCCAGAUCCCACGUGUCACGAACGAUGACCAUAAUACAACGAGAGACAAGGAGAAUAGCAAGGCCGAGGAGCAGAAGGAAUUGGCUCGAGCAACAGAUCGUGGUCUAGAACUUCUACGUGAAAUGGAAGGAAGAUGCAUGUACUAUUUCUCGGGCUGGUGGUCCUACUCCUUCUGUUAUCAGAAGCAGGUCAAGCAGUUCCAUGCGCUUCCCGCUGGCCGUGGUGUCCCCCAGUACCCACCCAUUGAAGAUACCGAGACACAUUCCUUUGUAUUGGGAAGAUUUAUUGGCGAUAAGGGCGAGGAAGAGAAGCAAUCUGCCAAAACAGAUGUGGCAGAACUUCACACAAAGGGUGGCUCGCGGUAUUUGGUCCAGCACCUGCGUGGCGGGACCAAGUGUGAUCUUACGGGACGCGAUCGCAAUAUUGAGGUGCAAUUCCAUUGUCAUCCGCAAUCGACAGAUCACAUCGGCUGGAUCAAGGAGCUCACCACGUGCUCCUACCUAAUGGUAAUCUAUACCCCUCGUCUAUGUGACGACGUUGCUUUCCUGCCACCGCGACAGGAUGAGGUACACACUAUUGAGUGCCGUGAAAUCCUGAUGCCCGAAGAAGUCACCGAAUGGGAAGCUAUCAAAGAGUGGUACACGGCCAACCAACUGGCCGAUGCUGCUAUAGAUGUGGAUGCUGAUAUUGCCAAAUCCGAACUCCCGAUUAUCGGAGGAAUUGAAGUUGGAGGCCGUAAACUUGUUGGUAUGGAAGGCAAGGUAAUUGAAAAAGGACGUGUGGCAUCUGCCGGUGAGGAGCGAGUGGAGGUGGUUGCGAAACGCGAGAAUGGCGAGAUUCGAAAAAUGUCCAAGCAGAUUCUGAAAAAGUACGAUAUCGACUCAGAGAAACUGGAAGAGAUGAAGAAUCUACUUGAAGAGCAAGCAGAUGGCAAAGAUUGGACACUGGAGGUUGUGGAAACCAACGGCGUGAUCAAGUUCCAAGGGGUUCUUGAAGAAGACGAGGAAGACACUUGGGACAAGUCGUCAGAGUCACAAGAAAAGAAGUCUGAAAAUUCCGGACAAAAGCCAAAGAAGGAAACAGAACCGGUCGAAAAGAAAAAGCCAUCGAACAAGCCUGAAAACAGUGAUGGAAGUGAGGAAACUUUUAAAGAUGAACUAUGA